AUGAGGGAAUUUGGGCCUGUGAAGGGCAUUUCCUGGCCGAACACCUGCUCCUUCGCUGCCGCCGACAUCUCUGCAGUGGCAUACGCGCUCGGGGUGUGCAAUUGGAUCGUGUCGAUCGCGGCUGGCGCUGCCGAAGGCACGGGCCCUGGCCAAUACCCGCCCGUCGGUUUGUGCGUGGCCCUGAACUGUGUUCGAGCGGCGGUGCGGUUCAAAUUGGGCGAGUGGACCGCCGACGCGGACGAGAGGCUCAAGCUGAACACUGGCACGACGGCCAGUUUUCACAUCUUUUGGGCGGAGGGGCAACUCCUCGUGCGAGAUGCGGUCCUCGAUGCGGCGGCGGCCGCAUUGCAGAUGCUCCCCCGUUCCGCGAACCAGGCUGACAACAACAUUCCGGCCGGCGGCCCGAUCCAGAGUCUGCCCAACAUGGUCAACCCACUCGGCGCCGCGGCCAUUCUGGUCCAAUGGGCGCCGAGCCAGGCGAUCAUCGAGAUCCUGCACGGGCUUGUGGAGAACAGCUUGGGAGUCAAAGUGGCGAGCAUCGUGCUGCCAUCGGUUCCCCAGCAGCGGCUCGCAGACCAACAUCACUUCAAGGAAGAUGAUGGCGCCUCGUCUCCCUGGUUGGGCAAACGCGGCGAGGUGUUCACAGCCCUCGCUGCGCUGCUUGCCAUGCAAAUGAUGGCGGUCCGUGCGUUCUUCCUCCACCGCUCUGCUCACGGGAUUCCGGCAGCCCUGAUCCUGGCUUGGGCAGUCGCCAACGAGUCCAAGACGGCCAUCGUGGCGUGGGGCAUGGAGACCGUCUCGGUGCGUUUCCCGCUCGAAGCCUCUGAAGAGCGCGCGGCUGAUGCUUACGCGGCGGCCAUGCGCGACUACCAGCAGGUCGCCGGCAUGUUGGGCGCCCGCAUCGUGGCACGCACCGUGGAUGAAAUCAUUGCGUUUCUCGUCGGGCAGAAUGACGCCUGGCAUGAAGCUCAUCAGGCGACGGCGCGCGCCCUCCUUGUGCAAUGCGAGUCCUACAUCGCUUACGCGGCUGGCUACAUCAGCGCAUAUUCUGCCCAAGCGAACAGCAAAUAUUCCUCUGUGGAAGCAAGGUCCAUGUCCCGCCUGCCCAAAGCCACGCCGUGGAAUGCGGGGUUCGCGCAGGGCGAAUCCGGGUGCCGUGUCUUCCGUCGCGCCGGGGCCCAGUACACCACCACUGGCGCGGCCCUCGCGGAUCAGGCGCGCCUCCAGCAAAUGGAAGACGCCUCCAGGCGUGCCGACCAGCGCUGGACGCUGGCUGCCCAGCAGGCCGCGAUCGCGGGCCAGCCGGUGCCUCCGGCCCCGGAACAGCGGCGCGUGCGCUUCCGGCGCCGCGCGCCGACGCGCUUCGUCAUCGGCGAGCGCGUCUUGUGCCAGUUGACGCGCAACAACCGCGGCGACGUCAUCGCGAACCGGGAGGAGUCUUGCUGGUGGGAGAACGAGCGCGAGAGGCGCUCGGGCGCCGCGGCGCACGCGCGGCGCCGCAGCAGUAGGCCAUCGGGCCGGUGCCCACCAUCGGCGACCCGGCCAGAGAGGUCGCUCAGCGACCUCGCCGCGGAGGAUCUGCGCUGGGAGCGCUUGCUGUGCGACCCGGACCGACAACCUGUUCUGUGGCGACGAGUGCGUGGGGGGCGCGUAUCAGCAGUACCUGAUGGACGUCGUCACGGUGAUGGAAGACUACGACUGCUGUUUCCGAGAAGCCGUGGUCCUCGCUGCCAAGCUCGACGCGGAGGAGAGGCGGCCGGUCCCUGCCCCGCGGCGCCCGGCGGCGAGGGCCGCGACUGCGACGACGCCGCGGCCCGCGGCAGGGAGCGGGCGGGGGUGGCGGACUUCCUGCGGGCGCGGCGGGAGGGCAUGCCGAUGCACAAGGCGCUGGUCUACAACAUGAAGGCCGCGGCGCUCGGCCCCGCCCGCGCGGAGCUAUGCGCCUGGCGGCGGCAAGAGGCCCGCGAGGCGAUCGCAGAGUGCCGGGCCGCCGUGGCGCUGGCGUCUCCUGCGCUGGCGAAGGGUCGCCGCUGCUCCGACCGGGAGCUCGUGGAGCUGGGCGACACGAGGAGUGCCAGCGAGCUCUGCCACAAGCUGGGCCACGCCCUCGAGAUACUCGAGGCCAACAGCCGCGCGUGCGGCGAGGGCGACGAGGUCCUGGGCGAGUACGGACAGCUCCUCGCCGAGGGCGCGGGCUGCGCGGCGGACACGCGCCGGGCGACGGGGCAGCUGGCCGCCGCGCGCAGGAGCAAGUACCCGCUGGAGCACGCGGCGUCGAGGCUGAGCGCGGUGUGCGCCCGCGUGUGCGGGGGCGCCUGCCCGCCGACGCGGGCGCGGAGGCCGCCCGCCUCGCCGCCGCCGACGCCGCGCGGGCGCCCCGCGGGCCCAGACCCCCUCGAGGUAUGA